UGGGCCCCCUCCCUUCCCUUCCCUUCCCUUUCAGUUUCUUCUCGCAGGUCCGACCGCUUUAAAUCCUCCCACAGACGCGCACGUCUCCAGCUCGGUAUACGAGGCCAAAACACCAACCCCACCACAACACAGUUACACUCUUCUGAAGGAGAUAUAUUACGCGACUGCGGGAUUGUCAGGAGAGGCGUGUUGUUUUGGCCUGGAUCGCCUCUGCUCAGGAUCGGACGAGCUACAAGUCUUCAUUGGAAAAAAUAACAACACGGGCUGUACAUUGGUGCACACACUAGAUGCAGCAUCCUUGAGACUACAAGAAUUUGUCUGGUUUUGCCAUUACUAAAUUUUAACAACAGUGGAGGAGGAGGGGGUGAAAAAUUGGACCUCCCAGCUACUCUCCUCCAAUGUCCCAGAGACAGUAUGACUGCUGUCAGAGCACUAAACUGCUGAGUGAAAACCCCUGAAAAGGCCUUCCUACUUUCUCUUACCCAGACAUGAAGGAGGUGAGGCUGUGGACAGCGAGUGAUGUCUCCGAUUGGCUGACUGAUGAAGGCAUGCAGGAGUACAUGGAUGCAUUGCGGAACGUGGAUGGCCCUGCCCUCUUGAGACUCUCUGAGGAAGACUUUAAGGCCUCGCCUUUGUCCCUGGUCACGGGGGACAGUGGUCGACAACUUUUGGAGCGCAUAGAGACUUUGCGCUUCACCAGCCACAUGAAGGCGCUCAAGAACAACAACCACGAAAACAGUAACCAAGCCAACGGUCACACUGGCAUCACCCUUGCCAACGACAGUGUUAGCAACAGCAAGAUCCUCAACGGCAGUCCAAAGAAUGGCUUGCACUCUAAGGCGGUUCGCAUCUUGAUUCCGUCGCUGCCUGAGCAGGAGCGCACGCCGUAUCCCACGGAGUGGUUCAAAACAGGCGUGGCCUUCCUUUACGCUCUGUCCUGCUUCCUCACGACAACAGUUGUGAUCUCAGUGGUGCACGAACGUGUCCCGCCCAAGGAAGAGUCUCCGCCCCUGCCAGAUAAAUUCUUUGAUCUGUUCGAUCGUGUGGAGUGGGCGUUUUCCAUCUGUGAGAUCAACGGCAUGCUGCUUGUGGGACUGUGGUUUACGCAGUGGCUUCUGCUUAAACACAGGUCCAUAAUCGGUCGCCGGUUCUUUUUUAUUGUGGGAACUCUGUAUUUGUACAGAUGCGUGACCAUGUAUGUUACGACAUUACCUGUGCCAGGCAUGCACUUCAAGUGUUCCCCCAAGCUCUUCGGUGAUUGGGAGGCACAGUCACGGCGGGUAAUGAAAAUGAUGGCCGGUGGUGGCCUGUCAAUCACUGGCUCUCACUCUUUGUGUGGAGAUUACUUGUACAGUGGACACACAGUGAUGCUGACACUAACAUACCUCUUUAUUAAAGAGUAUUCUCCACGGAGGUUCUGGUGGUAUCACUGGAUCUGCUGGUGCCUGAGUGCGGUCGGUAUCUUCUGCAUCCUGUUGGCUCAUGACCAUUACACCAUUGAUGUGGUGUUGGCCUACUUCAUGACCACACGCCUCUUCUGGUGGUACCAUACAAUGGCCAAUCAACAGGCUCUAAAGGAAAUUUCCACUGGCAACCUGUUCUCUCGUGUGUGGUGGUUCAGCCCAUUCCAGUACUUUGAGAGUAACGUCCGUGGCAUUGUGCCUCGAAACUACCAGCUGCCGUUCUUGUGGCAAACAAUGACGAGUGCCCGGGUUAAGUACAGUAAGCUGGACUCCCGUGAGUCAUGACCCAUGGCUCCUGAUUGACUGGAGCUCUGUGAGACUCUAAAAGAGAAACUACUCUUCCCAUCAUGCCCUGCAAAACUGGUUGAGCACUGUGACGCAUAUACACUGAUCAUUUUGUAGUAUUUGAAGCAUUUCAAUGUCCGUAGCAGGUAUGUAUAUGUAGAGCAGAGCAUCUAACAACUGGAUUUGAUUUGCUGCUCUUUAUAAUAGUUAAAAAUGGCCAGGCCUUUGUCUGACUGAGCACUAAGCCUUUUUGCUGUCUUCUUGAUGGACUUGGUCUGGCAGAAUAUGUCAUUUUUGGUUCAUUUACCUGCCAAAACUGUAUUGAAUAAACUGGAACCCUUAUAGAAACAGAUUUUCUUUUUAAAAAAGCAUCUUUUUGUAAUAAUUUUGUCCUUCUGGAGUAAGAUUGUUUCUAAAUAUUUUGCAGGUUUAUUUUCCAAAAAAAGUGUCAUCCAAAUAGAGUAUCUUUUUUAGAUUUGUACCUUCCUGAAAGCUGGAACCCCUGCAGCUUCAGUGUUUUAUAGUGCCUUUCUUCCAUACACAGAUAUAUAUUUCAUCAUACAGUACAUACACAUGUAAUAUACACACACAUCAAUACAUCCACAAUGUAGUACAUGCUUUAAACAUUUACAUAAUGUGUUAACCCGCAAUGUUGUCUACCUGACUGUCUAAAUGUCUUGUUUAGCCUGUAAUCAUUAAGAGAGGCAGUAUGUUUUUGUAGAAGCUUUGAAUGUGGGAGCUCAGUUCUGCCUUUCACAUUGCAGCAAACCUUCAAAUCAAACCCUGAGCACACACACACUUCCUAGUUUCUUAAAUUGGAUAAUUAUGUUCAAUUAUUCAUUACUGGAGAUUUACUUUUUCUUUUCAGUAUCAUCCAUUGGUCUAGCAAACAGAAUGCAGAUGAAUGAAGAAAUACAGGAGGGACUAGUUUUGAAGUUUUUUGAUCAGAAUAUAGUGUUCAUUUGACAAAACACUGCUCAAAUUUUAGCAUGACUAAAGGGCUGUUCAUACAGGAUGUGUUUUUGCUUUCAAAAAAGGUAUACGUAGUGGAAUAAAAUGAAAUGUUUUAAUAGUUUAACUGUUUUUGACAUAAAACGCAGUGAUUGUGGUCAAAUAUGUCUGUUUAGUGU